ACCUGGCCCUCUGCUUUCCUUGCAGAGUGUGUCUGUCAUCAUCAGGUCUGAUCCAAGAUGUCCAGUCCCCUGGAGCAGGCGCUGGCUGUGAUGGUCUCCACCUUCCACAAGUACUCUGGCCAAGAGGGUGACAAGUUCAAGCUGAGCAAGGCGGAGAUGAAGACACUUUUGCAGAAUGAGCUGCCCAGCUUUGUUGGGGAGAAGGUGGAUGAGGAGGGCCUGAAGAAGCUGAUGGGAAAUCUGGAUGAGAACAGUGACCAACAGGUGGAUUUCCAGGAGUACGCGGUUUUUCUGGCCCUGGUCACUAUCAUGUGCAAUGACUUCUUCCAGGACUCCCCAGACCGGCCCUGAAGCAGAGCUCUUACUCUGCCAAGGGCCUCCUGGCCUACGAGGACUCUAGCUUUCCCUUUUGUAUUCAAUAAACUUUUCUGUUGAUGGUAUUCCAAUUGCUCAGUGAUGCCCCAUACCCUGGUCAGCACAAUUGGGGUGCUGGAAAACCAGAGCCUCCUUAGAUCCUACCUCCCCUGGGCCCUGACUCUUUUCUGGAAAUCUCCUCAAGGCCAGAGCUAUGCCUUAGGUCCCAGACUUUGUGAUUUCAAAUACCAUUAAAAAAUUGAGAUAGUUUGCUAACUUUUUUUCUUUUUUUGCCAAAUAAAGAUAUUAAAAAAGGCAAA